AUGGGCAUCAAUGGUUCGAGCCAAAAUCAGAGUCACAAUCCACCCCGUCCCAGUGGAGGCGUAUCCUCAGUAUCUGAUCAGCAAUCCACCCCCAAGACGCCCGCCCCAGAUGCUCCAGAUGUCUGCCGAGCCGAACGUUUCGUGGGAAACCUCAACCCAGAAGCUUUGAUCCGUGAGGAGCUUGACGCCACAUCUGUGGGUCAACUCCGCGGUCGAAUUGGUCUUUGGGUAAGCUCUCCAAUGCCACCUGACAAUGUCGGUGACAACGGUGGAUCACCUAGACCAAGUGCGGCCUUGUCAGAUCAUUUGGAUGGAACAACACCUCCUGCGACACAAUCUGUAGCAUCCGUGUUGCAGCAGCGGUAUGCGUCGGCCGUUAGAGCCUGUGAGCGUCUUCCGCGUUCGACCCGUGAUCAUCUUCUCCGUGUUUAUUUCUCAAGAGUAAAUCACCUUCUCCCUCUGGUCGAUGAAGACACUUUUCUCCGGGCCUACUCUGGGGAAAUGGCCUCUGUUUUUCUAGAAAGGGCGAUAUGCCUUGUUGCAGCGAAGGACGCUGCCGCUACGUCUUCCCUCCGCUUGGUCACAGAUGGUCCGCUUUUGACGCCCCGACAAUUCUGUUCAGACGUUUACAACGGCCUCGUCGCCGCCAUAGACGCCGGACUUGAGCCAGAUCGGAUCACACGAAUCCGUAUCCUCGCGCUGAUGUCCUUACACAGCGAAGGAUACGAGGGCGCAGAGGCGGCUUCUAUGCACAUAUGCCACGCUAUUCACCAAGCCCAAACGGCGGGUCUCCACCUCCACAGCCAGCCAGGCACGGUCCUGGGCGAAUCAAAGUUCAAUCUCUUUUGGUGUCUAUGGACCCUGGACAAAUUACACGCCUGCAUAGGUGGCCGUCCUGUUCUGCUUGCGGACCGUGACAUUGGACUCGAAAAGCCACAUGUGACAAACUCUCAUUCCAGAUCCGCCUUUGAGGUUUGGUUCGCGAUUUCAGACUUACUUGCGAGCAUUAUAUCGCUCUAUAGACCCAACGCGGAUGACACUAUUGGUUGGCUAGGGGACUUCCCGGCCUUCGAAGAAAUGAUGGGUGACGACAUCCGUGCGGACUUGGACUUUGCUACUCUCGGGUUUUUGGAGCUGUACUACAAUGCAGCUGUCAUCCUUUCGUGCAGAUACCACCUGUCCGACCACCCCGACAGCUCUAACCCUUCAUAUAUUCGCCAAGGUCUCGCUGCUAUAAGGAUACAGUCGAUUGUCGCCACCGAAUGCUGUCAGAACCUUAGCCCUCUUCCUGUUGUACCGUAUGCCUUGGCUCUGUCGAUGGCCGUUGCAUACCAGCAGUUUCGCUCGAGUAGACUCAUCACCCAUUCGGAUCGCGCUAAGGCUAGUUUGGACGUUUGUUGUUCCCUUCUUGAAACACUCGGCAUUUGCUGGUAUUCUGCAGAGGCAAUGGCGAGACUGGGAAGGAAGGCGCUACAUCAAAUUGGCUGGAUGAAGCUACAGCCGCAGAAUCGGCAUCAGUGUCUGGAGUCCAGACACUCGUUACCAGACACAUCGCCCACGCAUCCCGGAGACCCAGAGGAGCCUGCAAUGGCCCUGCCGUCUCCGCCGUACAAGAACAGCUAUCACCACAUAGAAGAAGGACCUUCACUAUCCACGACAGUACAGGCGGUCUCCCCAAGAGAACCCUCGGAUUGGCAGGGAGACCCGCAGGAGAACCCCGAACCUAAUGGAUUCGCAGAUAUUGACAUGUUCUUUGGCGAUUUUCUAGAUCUAUCCCUACCGACAAACUUCUGGGAUCCGGUCUUUCUCUCAUAG